UUAUCGUGUGUGUGUGAUCCCGCCUAUACUCUAUUCUGUACUGUUGCACCCUCUUUUUUUUUUCAAAUCAAAAAUUGAUAUAUUAAUAUGACGGAAAACGUCCAGUGUGUUUUUGCCUCGGAAAAAAUCAACAAGGUCAGGUUUAAGCACGAAAAUUUCGAAGAUGCCAGAUAUUUUGUCACCGGCAGUUGGGACGACCCGGUCAAUAAAAUUGGUUACUGGAUGUUUCAAAAAAAUGAGGAAGACGAAUUGUACCCUAAAAACAUAUCUUCAAGUUUAGUUUUGGGCGAUGUUACUGAAAUCAAAUUUAUUAGUUAUGAUACGUUUGUUUUCUCAUCUUCAGCCGGUUAUGCUAAAAUAAUGAAACUCCAAGAUGUUCCCUAUCCAGAGAUUAAAGAACAUCACUCUUGGGACAAACUACACAGAUUAAACAAUAGACAAUCAGUUUCUUGUACAGCAUUAGCAACGUUUGGGCAGGAUAUUGUCACUGUUGGGGAAGAUGGCAGGAUAAAUUUUCUCACAGCACAGAAAAAUGACCCAGUUAGGAGCAUUGAUAAUGCUGACAGUUGUUCUUUGUAUUGUGUUGAUUUUUUGAGGCACAAUGAAAUUCUUACUGGCAACAUUAGGGGACACAUGAAAGUAUGGGACUUGCGCAGCGAUCAAGAUGCACCAACGACCACUGUCAUGCUUUCAGAACAAGCAAAAACAGAAGCAAUGUGUAUUGCCCAUCAUCCCACGCAAAAACAUAUAGUUGUUGCUGGUGCAGGAGAUGGAAGUCUUACAGUCUGGGAUCUACGAUAUAAAACAUAUCCAAUUAGUCAAUUAAGUGCUCACUCCAAUAGCAUCAGUGAAAUCGCGUUCCACCCGGACAGACCGGAAAAUCUUUACACUUGCUCAAUCACUGGUGAAGUGUGGCACUGGAACAAUUCUCAGCAUUCAAAAUUACAAUUAGAUACUACAGAUACCCAUUGGUUGUGUACAAUAGGAAACAAAGGAAAAUUACAAGUGAAUUCAUUGCAUACACUACAUAAACCUGUGAACAGCAUUGACAUCGACAGAAGUACAUUAUUAUUUGGAUGCGAUAACGAAGCCAUAUACGUUAUGAAAAACUUGAAUGUUUUUUAAACAUUUGUUUCUCUUUGCUCAAAUGAAAUACACGCUGUAUUAAACUAGAGAUUUUUUGAAAUGACCAAUUGCGAAUGGAUCAUGGAAUUUUUAACAAACAUUCGUUUGUACUGUGUAUCAUAUAAUAUUGUAUAAACAGAGUAAU